GUGUAAUAGCAUUAUCAUGUGGAGGGGAGGGCGCCCCGUUCUGGUUGCUGAAGCCUUGUCUCUGUUUGCAGAACCGGACAUUUCUUGUUGUCACACUGAAGCUCGUGUGGUGAGGAGCGGGCAGCGCCUCUCCGGAUGGAGUUGGUCACACGGAGCAGUCCUGAAGAAAGCGACCUGAGACACACACACACACACACACACACACACACACUCCCGUCUCGUGCCGCGCUCCCAGUCCUCACGCGCAGCCUCUCGCCGUUUUACCUCAGCGCUUCGAAGAUCCAUCUGAUGGUGAAAUAUUGCCCAGGACGAUGGAGAAUCUCUGAAGAACAGUUUUAGUUACAUCUGAUUGCUCGUUCUCCAUCCCUUCCUCAAUGGGCUCCCGCAGCCAAGGUUUCUUUCACAACCAGCAGCACCAGCACCACCACCACCGCAGCUCCACCAUACCCAGUCCGGCUGUGCCCAGACUGAUGGCUGAGCCGGGCAGUCUGCUCGGUGGCAUUGCCCAAAUCACUCCCACGCUGUUCCUCAGUCGCGGCGCCGUAGCAUCCAAUCGUGGCCUGCUGCUGUCCAAGGGAAUCACAUGCGUAGUCAAUGCCACCAUCGAGCUGCCGAAUUUCAACUGGCCACACGUGGAGUAUGUAAAGGUUCCACUGGCUGAUGCACCGCACUCGCCUAUAGCGCUGUACUUUGACAGCGUUGCAGACAAGAUCCACAGCGUAGGGCGGAAGCGUGGCGCUGUGCUGGUGCACUGCGCCGCCGGCGUGAGCCGCUCGGCCUCGCUCUGUCUUGCCUACCUCAUGAAGUAUCACGGCGUGUCGCUAGCCGAGGCACACGCCUGGGUAAAGGCCCGGCGGCCCGUCAUCCGGCCCAACGGUGGCUUCUGGCGCCAGCUUAUUGACUACGAGCGCAAACUCUUUGGCAAGACCUCGGUGAAGAUGGUUCAGACGCCGUACGGGGUCAUUCCCGACGUUUACGAGCGUGAUCGUAGAAACCUGGCACCUUACUGGGCCCUGUAAGGAAAGUGGGUGGGGCUUUUUUUUUUUUUUUUUUUAGGAGACAUGGAAGGUGAGCAGACCUGAUCAGUGAACUGUGGUGACUGGUGACUCGCCCAGUAUCCGGACACAAAAUGCUGCUGCUGAUGAAAUCCAAACUCUGAGACACGUCAGUGCUGAGUGCUGAACACUGAGACGAAUAUCAGUGUUUUUCUGCAGUGUUGAGUUUCCAGGAGACAUCAGCCGUGUCAGAACCUGAGCUAUUGUUGAUUAGGGAGAUGAAGUGGAAGUGGGAGGCUGAAUGCCUUUAGGGCACCGUAAGAAAGUGAUGCAGAUUUCCUAAUCGGCUCGAUAGUGUGAGGACGUGCCAGUUAUGCUGACGUCUUUUCCUCUGAGGCAGCAAUCUGUUCUCGAUUACUGGUAGCAUUUUCAAGCAUAUUUGUGAAUAGGAUUGUUUACUGUAAAAAAUAAAAGCCUCCAAAAGCUGGAAUAGGUUAAAUGGUAAAACAGGGCUUUAUUUAAUGAACAUAUUCCCACUAACUAAAUAUUAGGCUCAUUAUUUAAAUGUCUAAAAUAACAUUAUUUAUUAAAGCUUUUUUUUUCCUGGUCCACAUUAGGUCCAAAUUUUUAAGUUGUUUAGGUUUGGAUUAAACUCAUUAAGUGAUCAAAAUAACUAUAAACACUCAGACUUUCACGACUGUAACAAAUAAUAAACUAGAACAGCUGAAACGACAGAGAUGCUUUAUUACCUGAUUUUAUGGGGAAUAAUUAAGCAUCAUAAUGGAUAAGAGAAUUUUUGCAAAUCAGAACAAUGACAAAAAUUUUAAAAAAUGUAUUUCCUAAUUCCUAAGUAAUAAAUAUAAUAAAGUCUUUUUUUUAUUCAGCUACAAAUGAUUGGAUGAAGCAUUUCCUCAAACACACACUUUUAUGUGAUUAUAGUUGGAGAAAUGAUCUGAGAAAGUAUUCAAAAAGUUAAUGAGAAGAGUCACGGUCUAUGUCAUGAAGUAAUAUAAAAAGCUGGAAAGAUAAAUAAUUAUGAUGAAUAAAGUGUUGAGGAAAAUAAAGACAUUUUGGUUUCG